AAUGACGCUUCGUAUUUUAUUAAUCGGAGCAUCCGCAAUGAUUUGCCUCUGCGCCGCCGAUGUAGCACACAUAAAUCAUGCGGCGCCUAAGGACGUAUUGGUGCCAUUCAAUGAUUUAUUACCGCCACCGUUAGAAGAGCUCAGCUCCACAACCGAGGCACCAACGUCAGCGACAAAGCCCACAAUAAAGUCCAACUUGCAGCAGCCGCAGGCCACGGCCAAGAAAACGGACAUCCUCGCUAAAAAGCCUGGCUCUAAGCCGGAACUAGCUUUGGAUUUGCUGCCACCAUUCGCUGAGCCAGUGAGCAAUGAUGUGGCAGAUACAAGCAUAGGCACCACCACCGCCACCCCCAUCAUCUACAGCACUACCACUACCACUACCACUACGAAACGGCCACUUGUUCGCUACACCCCAGUCGCAACGACAGCCCGCAGCGUUUCACGUGUUGCACAGUCGCAGCAGUUGCACGCACGACCCAACAACGUCGUUAGUAAAGCAUCCGCCUCAUCGCGCUUCUCCGCCGAGCUCAUUCGUCAAUAUGCAACAUAUUUUCAGUCGACGACACCGCAUCCGCCACGCGGUCCUCUACCAACGCUGACUCCCUUUCCACGUUAUAUUAAAAAGUAG